AUGGCUACGCUCACUGCUUCAAAGAAACCCUCCCAGGCUAUUCUAGAGGAGUAUUGUUCGUCUAACUCGAACACCACGUCUGGAACCACCUCACCCUCCUCUCUUGAGUCACCCACCGCCGAAAUUGACAAGGACCCGCUAGCUCAACAGAAGGGAGUCCAACUGCCUUACCCAUUCCUUCCAACGUGCCUCGCGAAGCAUGAUUCGCACUUCAUUGAACGUCGAGCACGACAGUUUCCCGCUGAUCUCAAGCUUCCGCUUCUGCCGCCGGAAAGCGCGUGCGCUGUGAUCGACGCGCAGGACAAAGAUACCCCCGACUCAUGGGUCACGCGCGACUCUAGGCUCGUGCGCCUUACCGGAAAACACCCUUUCAACGCCGAGGCACGGAUUAGGGACCUCUACACCGCAGGGUUCAUCACGCCUACCAACCUCUUCUUUGUGCGCAACCACGGCGCGGUACCGAAAGUCGACUUCGAGCGGGCGGAGAAGUGGGAGCUCAAAGUCCACGGGCUGUGCGCAAACCCAACCACAUUUACCCUCGCCAAUCUCAGGACGCGUUUCCGUGUCGUCACUCUCCCUAUCACCUUGGUCUGCGCAGGAAAUCGAAGAAAGGAGCAAAAUGUGGUCGCGAAAUCUCUCGGGUUCUCGUGGGGUGCAGGGGGUGUCUCGACAGCUCUUUUCACUGGGGUGUACCUCGCCGAUCUUCUGGAAUAUGUCAGACCAACGAAAGGUGCAAAGCACGUUGUUUUCGAGGGCUCAGACGAUCUUCCGAAUGGACCAUACGGCACAAGUCAGCUACUUAGUUGGGCUCGAAACAAGAGCAAAGGGAUGAUGUUGGCCUGGGCGAUGAACGGGCUACCACUAGAGCCGGAUCAUGGUUUCCCCCUCCGCCUUGUUGUCCCCUCCCAAAUCGGCGGCCGCUCUGUAAAAUGGCUAGCACGAAUCGAGCUCUCGCCCAUCGAAAGCCAACACCACCUUCAUUUCCACGACAACAAGGUCCUACCGACAACGUUGACGGCGGAGCAGGCGCGUGCGGAGAAGCACUGGUGGUACGAUCCAAGAUACCUCAUACGAGAGCUCAGUGUGAACAGUGCGAUCGCCUAUCCGAACCACGAUGAAAUCCUCGACACCUCCCUCCAUGCACCUGGUUCCACCUACGCUCUCCGCGGAUAUGCUUACGCUGGCGGUGGUCGUCGAAUCACGCGUGUCGAGAUCACUCUCGACGAAGGAAGCUCCUGGCGGCUUGCGCAGAUUACGUACUUCGAGGACGCCUUCCGCGAAGUGGAGGAGGAAGACUUUGGCGUGGACCCGAUCUAUGGCGUGUUGGGUACGAAUGAGCAAGGCGAGAACUGUUUCUGCUGGUCUUUCUGGGAGUGCGAGGCGACGAUGGAGGAGUUGAAGGGUGCGGGGUCGAUCAUGGUCAGGGCGAUGGACGAAUCGUUGGCAGUGCAACCCAGGGAUAUGUAUUGGAAUCCGACUGGGAUGAUGAACAACUGGUGGUUCAAGGUGUGCAUUCACGAUCUCGGAGAUGGACAACUGCGUUUCGAGCAUCCCACCAUGGCUGGCACACAACCAGGUGGUUGGAUGCAACGACUCAAAGACCAGGGCCUCGACCCAGCAUAUCCUCGGUUCGCCAAAGGAGAAGAUGCGAAGGCGCCGACUGUCUUGGAGGUCUCGAGGCCCGCUGCACUCACCAUCGUGAUGACGAACCCGGACGUAAAGCGGACGAUCUCCAGGGAAGAGCUUGAGUCUCAGGAAGGGAAGGAGAAGGCUUGGUUCGUCGUAAACGGAGAGGUGUACGAAGGCCUCGGCUUCCUAGAAAAGCACCCCGGCGGUGCACCCUCUAUUCAACUCGUCGCCGGCGAGGAUGCCACGGACGACUUCCUUGCUAUCCACAGCCCCGCAGCGAAACAGCAGCUCGCCGACUUCCACAUCGGGACGCUCGUCUCUUCCCCCUCUUCCCCACCCUCUACAUCAGAAAAAGAAACCGACGACCUCGGUCCAGGGGGUACCUUCCUCCAUGCAAAAAAGUGGAAGAAAAUCGAGCUGAUCAAGCUUGGGGUUGUAUCGCACAACGCCAAGAUAUUUAGGUUCGCACUGGACCAUGACGAGCAAGCGCUGGGGUUGCCGACGGGGAUGCAUGUGUAUGUGCGGAUCCGGCGGAGGGGUGAGGGCGAGGGCGAGAUCGUGCAGCGGGCAUACACGCCGCUUUCGGACGCGCAGAACACGAAGGGCUUCUUGGAUUUCUUGAUCAAGAUCUACCGCCCGUGCCCCGAAUUCCCCCUCGGCGGCCGCAUGAGCGUCGAAUUCGACCGGCUCGUCGUCGGCGACGAGAUCGAAGUCAAGGGCCCUGUUGGGCAUUUCGAGUGGCUCGGCCACCGCACAGCGCAAAUCCAUGGACACUCCAUGCCGAUCGACGAGAUAGGGUUCGUGUGUGGCGGAAGCGGGGUGACGCCCAUCCUACAGGUCGUACGCGCGAUCUUCAACGAGACUUCUUCGGAAGACGCAGAAAUCCCCGAUGUGUGGGUUCUCGACGUCAACCGCAACGUCGAUGAUAUCCUCUGUCGAGAAGACUUUGAGCGGCUGGAUGAGGUGCAUGGAAGUGGGCGGCUGAAGAUGCAUCAUAGCCUGACGGGCAAGGAUGUGCCGAAUGACUGGAAGUACUCCACUGGGAGGCCUUCAGAGGAGAUGCUGCGCGCACACCUGCCUGCACCUGGAGAGAAUAAACUGGUAUGUAUAUGUGGGCCAACGACAAUGGAGCAGACGGUUAAAACACUACUCUCGAAAAUCGGGUGGGAUUUGGAGAAGCAGAUUGUGUUGUUUUGA